GCCCCUCCGUUUCUCUCUCCUCCCACACACCUAUAUAAAACCCGGCCCCUCAUUUGCACCCUUCAUCAAACACCGUACCAAGUUUUUGUAACAUUUUCUUUCUUUCCUCCACCACAUUCUCUGCAACUUGCAAAAGACCUCCAAAGAAAAAUCAACAAUGGAGUCAUUCAAGAUGGGUCUUUUCUUUGCCGUGAUGAUUGUGUUGAUGGCCGCAUUGGCCACCCAGAAUGCGGCGGCCACCGAUGCACCAGCGCCUAGUCCUACCUCCGACGCCACCUUAUUUGCUCCCACCAUGUUUGCUUCUCUUGCCGCUCUGGCAUUUGGGUUUCUAUUCUAAAUUACCUUCUUCGUCUUAUUUCUACUUUUUCAUUGAAGAAUGGGAUUGGGAAAAAGAGAGGAGGGGCCCUCUCUAGCUGUUUGGGUUUUUGGUUUCAGUGACCGUUGGUCAACAACACAUUCAUAUUGUAUUGUUUCAUUCUUGUAUAAUUGUGAUUUCUAAUAAUCUGAGUUAUAUAUAUGACA